UGUCAUUUUGUUGUUACCGCGAAUGGUUGUACAACAUUUUCAAUUAAAAACUCAACAUUUAAUUUACGUAUUCCAAGAUAUUAAUCGUUAAAAAUGCCUGUCGAGUUAGAAUACGAUUAUGCAGCGGCUACAUCGGCUAUGGAUACAUUUUCGCAAGAUGAUAUCAAUUAUUUGAAGCAGUGGACUCAAAAUUUAGACAAAUCAAAAUAUGUGCCGAAAGAUUUGACUGAUAAACAAUUGGUGUUAUUUUAUAAUGCUUGUUAUGGGGAUUUAGAGAGGACAAAAACUUGUGUGGAGAAGUAUUAUUCGUGCAGAAAGAACUCUCCAGAGUUCUUUGACAACAGAAAAGUGAAUUCACCUGAAAUGGCACCAAUCGUGGAGGCAUUGGAGUUCUCCGUGCUUCCCGGGAAGUCAGUGGAGGGCUAUGACGUCAUCUACCACCGGCUGCACUACACAGAACCCUCGAAAUACAACUUCGAGUUGGGGGUCAAGCUGUUCUUCAUGACUAUUGACAUGUGCCUGAGCAAGCGCGGGCCUCAGAACGGGCUCAUUUUCCUGUUCGACAUGCGAGGAGUCAAGCUCGGUCACCUCGCCCGGUGUGGACUGUCGGGCUUCCGCAAAUUCUUCGUGUACCUGCAAGAGGCGCUGCCAGUGCGCAUGCGUGCUAUCCAUAUCCUGAACACCGAGCCGGUGCUGGACAAGCUGCUGCUCAUCAUCAAGCCGUUUAUGGAGAAGAAGUUCUAUGAUAUGCUAAACUUCCACCACAAAGAUGAGGACCUCGAAUCAUUUUUCGAGACCGUCAUCCCUCGCUCUGUCGUCCCCCAAGACCAUGGCGGCACUCUCCCUGACACCCAGACCUUGCAUAAGAAGUGCAUGCAGUUCUUACAAGCCAUGGAGCCUUACUUCAGGGAGGAGGAGGAGCAGAGGAUCCUGGCCCUCCCGGAUAAGAAGCGGGAUAAGGCCAUGGAAAAGGCUUUCAAGAAUCUGGAUAUUGAUUAAGGUGGUAUGGGAUUGGUUUGGAGUUUCGCACACUAAUCGCCGGUAUCAAGUAAUAGGCCUUAUUUUAGGAAGAAUUAUGCCCGUUUUCACCAACAAUCCCUAAUUUUUAAGUGACCCCUAUGGUAACAUAACAGGAAUUUGGUUUUCAUUGGGGUCACUUAAAAAUUAGGAAUAGUUGGUGCAAACCGGUAUUAGCCAAGUAAAGUAUUGAACUUCCAUUGAUCCAAAGUUAAAUGAACUAAGAAAAGAAGAUAAAAUGAAGCGGGCAAGAAGAUGGAAAAUCCGUUUGCGGAUAGUGUGCGGUACUUUUAGAUUUUUGUUGGUUAUUAUUAUGACAAAUUUUCAGCAUUUUAUUGUUAGAAAUUUAACCUGCCGUAGUUAUUAGGCUGUUAAUACGUUAAUUGUUGUAUUGUAUUGUAUAUUUCGUUCGUUUGAUCCUAUAGUUUUUAUUAAAAUUGUUCGAUUGUAAAUAUCAAUAAAAAACAUUCCUCAACAUGUAUUUGUAUACUGCAGCGUCAAAAAACAAGACGAAAAUAGAAAUAAUUCAAAACUUCUUAGUACAGUCAGCGUCAAAUAGUUCGGACAUCCAAAGUAGCCAAUAAG